AUGAGGAGGAAGUUGGAGCGCUGCCACCUCAGGAUGUAUCAGGGCCUGUUUCCUAUACCACCCACCUCUGCACAGGGAGGAGGAGCAGGGCAUCAUGAGAAAACUCUGACAGCUCUAAUCAGCCGCUGCUAUCUGCCGUUGAAGCUGGCGUGUUUGUGUGCUCAGACACCUGAAGUGUUUGGCCGACGUUGGCGCUCGGCGGUUCCCAGGCUUCGAGCCGUGGCCUCUGUUUGUAUAGCUCCACCUUGUGGUCACUUUGUGUCAGACAGCAGCCAGGAGUCAAAGCGGAGGUUGAUUCAAAAACGGUCAGUAACUCACGCUCAGCUGAUGCACGACAAAGGCCGGGCGCUGCAGGACUUUAAGCGUCGCAUGUGGCUGCAGGAGCUUUUGGAUGAAGUCCACACAGCGGAGAUACGUGACCUCCCGGUGCAGACCACCGGUGGAGGCGGGAGCAGCAGCGGCGUCGGCCUGCCGGGGGUCAGCCUGGGCAUCAACCUGAGCACCACCGGCAGCACCCUGCACUCCAAACCCCCCGGAGGGACCAAGAACCUCCCCAUCAGCUUCAGGCUGGAGGAGGAGGAGGGCACCAACCUGCCACAGGAGACCAACAAGUCUCAGACGUACAAAGACGGCGUGCUGAAAGCGCCCGGCAAGAAGAAGAAGAAAGGGAGGUCCGGGAAGAGGCGGGAAGGAGAGAAGAGGAAGAGGAGGGCACGUUCGUUGGGGUGGAGGAUGGAGGAAGAAGUGGGAAGUGGACUCCACCUGGAGUGGAGGUCUCUGCUCGGCUUGCGGAGGGCGCUGCUUUAAAACGCUGUCAAUCUCUGACAAAGAAACCUACGGACAGUUGGACUGGACUCCUAAAUACUCAUGUUACAGUAUUCUGUAGUCGUGAUUGUUUGGAAAGAAAUUGGAAAAUAUUUAUUGUCUGUAAAUAUUCUAAAUAUAGCAGAAUAAAUAGCAGAAUAUGACAAAAAAAACUUAUUUGAUGCUCUGUGAGGCAACAGAUUUUAAUCUUUGUGAAUCCUUGCUUUUUCCUUUUUUAUUCCAAUUAUGUCAGAUUUUUUUUGCGGUAAUUUAUUUUGUCUGAAUGGUGUAUUUAUUUUGUAAAUGUAUCGAGGUGCUGCUGACCUUCUAUAUUUUUGUACCAUAUUGCACUUUAGAUAUAUAAAUAUAAAUAUAUAUACCAUUAAUUUUGUUCAUUGUUCAUGUGGUUGAUUGAAAUGAAGAAAAAAUGACGGUCGUCACUCUGUGUUAUUUGUCAGUUUGAUUUUGGACUUCUCACUCUGUUCAGUUUUUUGUUUCUUUGCUGCUGUUUGUUCCGAUGUUUUCGACUCUGAUCGAAGCUGUUUGUUGUCUCACUUUUGUGUUCAACCCUCCUGCUGCCUUCAGUGUCUCUGUUUCCUCCACGGCCCGCUCUGCUUCUCAAUGCCAAAGUUCAUAUUUGUACAUAAACCAAACACGGCUCAAUAUUGUUGUUUUUGGCACUUGCACUGAGAUAAACACCCUGUACUGAACGGAUUAAA